CAGCAGAUCGCCGCCGAGAACGCCGAGCGGGAUAGCCGCAUCCAUGCUGACAUCGGCAAGACGACGAGGGAGUUUGUAUGCAACGUCAGGCACGCGAAGAUGCUCGAUGGCAUCCAGUCCAAGGUCGGGGCGAAUAAGAAGAGGCCAAGGACCGAGGACGGGGACAGGGCGCAGCUGGGGGAUGGUGCUGCGGAUGUGGCUUCGAAAGACCGGGAGAGGAAGAGGUUCUUUAAACAGAUACCCCUAGUGAAGAAGCGGGAUGGAGAUCAACCUGAGCAUGUCACGAGCGUCCUGGGCAAUAUCUUUGGAGUAGCCUAG